GGGUCCACGGCGAGACCCCGCCUCUUCCCGCUGUUGCUAGGCAGCCAGUCCCGGAAGUCGAGGGAAGCGCGCCCCGGGCGGGCGCCGCAAGGCGGCGGAAGAUGGCGGAGGGCGGCCGCGCAGAGAGAGAUGGAGCGGAGAGGAGGUCUUCCGGGCCGCGGCCUCCGAGCGCGCGGGAUUUACAGAUGGCCCUGGCAGAAUUAUAUGAAGAUGAAGUGCAGUGCAAAUCUUCCACAUCUGAUAGACCUAAAGCUACAGUCUUUAAGAGCCCACAAACACCACCUCAACGAUUUUAUUCAGGUGAACAUGAAUAUAGCGGAUUACGUAUAGUCCGACCUUCAACUGGGAAAAUUGUGAAUGAACUUUUCAAAGAAGCAAAGGAGCAUGGGGCUAUCCCUUUGAAUGAAGCCACAAGAUCUUCAAGUGAUGACAAAUCAAAGUCAUUUACAGGUGGAGGAUAUAGACUGGGUAAUUCCUUUUGCAAACGGUCUGAAUAUAUAUAUGGAGAAAAUCAGCUGCAAGAUGUUCAGAUUUUGCUUAAACUGUGGAGCAAUGGUUUCAGUUUAGAUGAUGGAGAAUUGAGACCUUAUAAUGACCCAACAAAUGCUCAAUUUUUAGAGUCUGUUAAGAGAGGAGAGAUCCCCUUGGAGCUGCAGCGACUGGUUCAUGGUGGCCAAGUGAACUUAGAUAUGGAGGAUCACCAGGAUCAAGAGUACAUAAAACCGCGAUUGCGGUUCAAGGCUUUCAGUGGAGAAGGACAAAAACUUGGAAGCCUUACACCUGAAAUAGUUAGCACACCUUCCUCCCCAGAAGAAGAGGACAAAUCCAUACUUAAUGCGGUUGUUCUUAUUGAUGAUUCAGUGCCAACUACAAAAAUUCAAGUCAGGUUAGCAGAUGGGAGUCGCUUGAUACAAAGAUUCAAUAGUACACACAGGAUCCUGGAUGUCCGGGACUUUAUUGUACGGUCCCGUCCUGAAUUUGCAGCUCUUGACUUUAUUCUUGUGACAUCAUUUCCAAACAAGGAGCUAACAGAUGAAAGCUUGACACUACAAGAAGCAGAUAUUCUUAACACUGUGAUUCUCCAACAACUAAAAUAAUAUUGCUCCUAUCCAUGCAGUUGCAGAUAGGAAUAGGUAAUGUGCCAUAUUAAUAAGAAAAAUACUUCCAGCAAAAAAGAAAAAUUAUUUUUGUUAAUUGUACAGAUAAGUUUUGGUUUUUAUUGGUAUUCUAUCAUCCAGGCUUAAUAUAGAUAAGUAUGGACUAGGUAUAGAUCUCAAGAUAAAUAUGUUUGAGUGUUUAGUUGCAGGGCUGACUUACAUUGAUAGUUUAUAAAUAUCUAGGCAAAUCAGUUUGUUACAUGCUAAGUGUUCAUGUAGCAACAUUUGUUGCAGAGAAAAUGAACAAAACUCCUUUUUGAUAAAUGCAUUUGGUAAAAUUUGCACUAAAGUUUCUUAAUGCAGCGACGACCAACAGCCAUUAAGGAUUUCUUUGCUCAAAUAAGUUGAAAAGGUUUUGUAAUAUUUACUGAAAAGUGUCUGUAUACUGAUUUUGAAAGUAUUUGAUCAUACAAUAAUUAUUUCUCCUAUUAAGGAUUUACAUGUCUUUUUUACUUAUUCAUUUAAGUACAUUAGUAGUAUCACAAAAUACAUUUUGAUAUUGUGUAGAACUAUGACCAUCAUAAACUAGAAUCAAAAUGAUUUAUGAAUCAGCAGUUCUUAUGAAGAUAUGGUAAGCAGUGCUUUAAAAUCAAGUAACCACAAUCCCUCCCAGAGCCUGCCUUGAUCACAUUCAUUCAUUCAACAGUUUUUUUUUUUGGAUGGAAUGAAAGGAGAUACUUCACAUAUGCUAAACACUGUUCUGUUCAACCUACAGUUUUUUCCUGAACAAAGCUACCAUAGAAAUACAGGAAAGUAAAUUCAGUUAGAUUGGAUCUAAAGAAUUACCAGCAUAAGUGUUUGCAUUUCUACUGAAACCGAGCAUUUCUCUAGUGUGGUACACUACAUGAGGAAUUACAGACACAGUGUUCUUCCUCCCAGCCCCCGCUCCCUCUUUGGCCACCAUUUCUGGUUAGUUUCUUAUUGCACCCAUAACAAAUUACAAAGUUUGUAGCUUAAAGUGGCAUAAAUACUUAUUUUCUUAAAAUUAUGUAGAUUAAAAGUUCAGUGUGGGUCUCACCGAGCUAAAAUCCAGGUGUGGACAGGGCUGCAUUCUUUUUAAGAAGUCUAGCAAAUCAUUUUUUGAUAUUUCAGUUUCUAGGGCCUGCCCUAAUUCCUUGGCUUUUCACCCUUCUUUCAUUUUAAAACUUACCAUCAUUGCAUGUCUUCGACCCUUCUGUGAUCACGUCUCCCUGGUGUGAGGAAAAGUUCUUUGCUUAUAAGAACUUACAUGAUUACUUUAGGCCCAACAGAUUACUGAAGAUUAGCUCCUCAUUUUAAGAUACCAUAGUAAUCUUAAUCACAUCUGCAAAUUUUUUUAGUGAUUUUUGGUUUUUUUUUUAAUUCAUUUCAGGUUACUUGUUCACAGGUUUGGGGAUUAGGAUAUGACGUUGGGGGAAGGGGCAUUAUUAUACCUACCUAUCACAGUACGCCUCUCUUCAAAGAUUCAUAUCUAUCCCAGAUAAAUUCAUUCCAUCCAAAGGUGCUCAGAAGUCUAAACCUAUAACAGCAUCAACUCAAAGUGCAAAAUCUUACUUGAAUUUCAUCAUUCAGAAGUCCCAAAUCUCACCAUUUAAAUCAUCUCAGUUAAGAGACUCUGGGUAUUACUCCCCAGGCAUAACUUCCCUUCACCCAUGAACCUAGAAAUUAUACUACAUCCUCCCAAAUAUAAAUGCAUGUAGCUGUAGAAUAAGUUACAGACAUUCCUGUUCCAAAAGUGGAAAAUGGAAUGAAGAAAGGAGCCAAGCAAUUUACAAAUCCAGCCGGGCUCACACCCUUAGGUUAAAGGCCUAAGAUUUAUUGUAGCUCACAGGCCUUUUCACAAAAGUAGCUGAGUAGCUUUAUCCGCUUCUUUUUUCCAUUGUUACCAUGCCCUGUAUACCUUUCAGUUUAAGAUGACAGUUUCUUCAGUUAUAAAGUUCUCCUGCAUAUGUGAUGGAGAUUUACUCCACUGGACAGGAGGCUUCUUCACAAAUCCUUCCUAAAUAAUCCCACCUCUGCUUCUGGCUUUUUCUACGAUAGAUAAGUGUGUGAGUCACACCUUCAUCUCUUUAGAGAUUGAAUUCUCAGGCCUUUUGAUUUUUCUGAGAUACUAGCAAAAAGUAGUGCAGCUGUACCCUCAUCUCCCUCUGAGAGCAGCCUUCCUGCUGUGAGUCUCCUGCUUUUAGGGUUUUACCAUUUGGAUGGGCUGUGAACUUCCUCAGUCAGUUCCUGACUUCUUCACAUUCAUCAGUUCUUCAGUGUAUCAGUCUCUGACAUCUUACUAUAGUUAGCAAGAAGAAACCAGGUCCAAUCUUACAGUUUCUUGGAAAUUUCAGUGUUUAAGUUUAUUAUUCAUAAGUUUCUGCUUUCCACAUAACUACAGUGUUCCGCUGGGUUUUUGUCACUGUGUAAUAAGGACUUCCAGUUUUCUGAUGAUGUUUUCUCCAUUUCCUUUGAACCCUCAGUGACAGCGCCUUUUAAGAUUGUCCUUCUACUAAAAGCAUGGAUGACCUUUUAGGCAAUCUCUGUGGUGACUUAGGUGUCCUCUGCCAGCCUCCUUACUUCUUCAUCCCCUCCCUAGCAUUAACUUGUAAAUUUUUACCAACAGUCUGUUUAAGGAAAUCUGGAUUCUAUCAGGCGCCUCAAAACUGUUCCAGCCUCUGCCACCACUCAAUUCCAAAACCACUUCUGCCUUCCUUUAUACCUCUUACACGACACCCCACUGCCAGAUAUGCAGAAAAGUCUUUUGCGACCAUUCACUGCCAGUUGACUUGAAUGGGAUCUCUUUUCCCGGGUCAUUGGUUAUUUCAAGGGCGUAAUGUAGCUGUCUGAAUACCAGGGUGCUACUGGAACUACCACGGGGCCAAAGUGUUGAUCUCCCUACUGCAGAAAAUUGUCCUCAGUGCCAUAUGGGAGUCUUCCAAGUCUUCCCUGACAAUGGGAAGCCCUGCUUCUUUCUACUUAUUAAAAAGAAAAUGGGUAAUAAAACCCCAAUUCAAAAGGAUUAGCAGAAAUAAACUACCUUUUAAAGAGAACAAAACCAUUACCCUAUGAAAAUGACUUACUAGAGGAGAAGAACGCCCCCUGCCCUCUGCCCCACCCCCCACCCCAGCAUAGGGUCUUGCUAUGUUGCUCAGGCAGGACUCAGACUACUGGGAAUAAGCAAUCCUCUUGACUCAGCCUUCCCAAGUAUCUGGGAUUAUAGGUGUGUACCACUAUGCUCAGGAAGAAUGAGCAUCUGUAAAUAAAAGGGCAUUGCCCUGUUUUGGAUUAACAAAACAGGAAAGAAUUAUUUGGAAAAUUAAUUUUUUAAAUUAUUUCCUUCUUUAGUUUCUUUUUAUCAGUUCAGUGGGGUACCUAUAGAUGCAUAUGCAAAAACUACUGCCAUUUUUUUUGUAUAUAAUGGUCUUCCAAAAUAUAGAUUUGUUUACAUUAGGAGAGUUAAGCUUCCAGAAGAAAUGAACAGUAUAUUCGUAUGUGUUACAUAGUGUUUUGCUGCAUUGAAAGUCAUUUCUCUGAAUGAUUUUUACUACCACAGUCACUAUAAUUAAUAAUCAUCUCAAAAGUAAAAAUGAGCAGGUGGACAAAUGUGAAGACAGCCAUUUUGCAUGAUGUGUAUAAUCAAAAACUUUGAAGUGUUUGGUUACCAAUAAAGUAUGUUUUUGUUGAUACUCUCUGAAAA